CGGAAAAGUUUCUACAUACGAGGUUAACUGACUUGUGGUUCUCUGGAAGAUUUUAAGAUAUGAGGAACUUCCACGAGGGUAUCGGAGCAGAUUUGAAAUAAAUUCAUUUAAAUAAAAUAAAUAAAAAAAUCUGAUUCCCUUUAUUUCACACGUGCAAUCGAAAGAGGGAUGAGUUUCGCGAAUUGAAAGAAGAUCUCCGCGUGUUCUUCAUAUGUACAUACAUAUUUUGUGACAAGUCGUUGACAAUGAAAACGGGACGAAUUUUUUAGUUACACUAGGAGGAUGUUUUUCUAUUCGGGAUAACUCAAAAAUUCAGUGAAUCAUUGUGUAUCGAUGAAGAUCGAUGGAGUUGAGGAUCUAUGUAAGUUCCAUCGAGUCUCGAGUAGCACUCCGUCUCGAUGCUGAUAACUCGAUUGUGGUUAUGUUAAUGGAAGACUGAUCGCGAAUGAGGAAACCAUCCAACGUUUCACCAUCGAUAACCGUAACAAAAUGGUGAAUCGGCAAAAAGCACUACUGAUGACGUUAAUAGCUCUCUUAAUUUAUCCGAACGACAUUUUUGGCGGUGCUUUUCCACCUGAAUUCGCUGAUACUAUCCAAAAUGUAACGGUAUCGCUGGGAAGGGACGCAACUUUUACGUGUCUGGUCAAUCAUUUAGGGGGCUACAGGGUUGGUUGGCUGAAAGUGGAUACUAAGGCGAUCCAGGCGAUCCACGAUCACGUAAUAACUCACAAUAACAGGGUCUCGGUAUCACAUAGAGACCAUACUACUUGGAAUCUUCACAUAAAGAACGUACAAGAGCAAGACGAGGGACGCUACAUGUGUCAGAUUAACACAGAUCCGAUGAAAAGCCAGACAGGUAUGUUAUCGGUUGUCGUGCCACCGGACUUUAUUCCCGAAGAAACAUCUAGCGACGUCAUGGUACGCGAAGGAGGGCAGGUGAAGCUGAUGUGUCGUGCAAGAGGCGUGCCUCCACCUAGCAUAUCGUGGCGCAGAGAAGACGGAAAGAACAUUAUAAUUCGAAAACCAUUUGCAGGGAACGCCUUGAACCAGAAGUCUCAUGAUAGCGUUCAUAAAAUUGCGGAAUGGUUGGGCGAAGAGCUAAGACUGAUGAAGAUUUCGAGGAACGAAAUGGGAGUUUAUCUGUGCAUCGCUAUCAACGGUGUGCCACCGGCGGUCAGCAAACGUAUUUCUAUCAACGUCCAUUUCUCGCCGGUAAUUCAUGUGCCUAAUCAACUGGUAGGUGCUCCUCUGGAUACAGAUGUAGUCUUGGAAUGUUUUGUCGAGGCUUCGCCCAAGUCAAUUAAUUAUUGGGUCAAGGAUAACGCGAUGAUAAUAUCAAGCCAACAACAUGACGUGCAGACAAUUGAAAAAUCAAGGUUCGAGGUCCGGAUGGUGUUAACAAUUCGCAAUUUACAAAAAGACAACGUGGGUACUUACAAGUGUGUGGCAAAAAAUUCUCUUGGUGACGUUGAGAGCAGUAUUCGAUUGUAUGAAAUUUCAGGACCUACGAAAGCUCAAACAGCGGCUCGGCCAUCUGUUUACGAUGAAGAGGAUGAAACCGUCUAUGGUUCAGCAGAAAUUGAGAAAAUCGAAAACAAGCUUCUAUUUAUGGAUAACAUGAUCAAUGGAUACGUAGAAUAUCCAUCGGUUGCAACUUCAAUGCCGACUGUAAGGAUCGGUAAGAAGAGGCAAACGAUCGGCGCGAAUUCCAACGCGGAUCAUCGCCGACGAGGCUCUGAUCUCCUUAUCGUCCUAAUGCUCAUUAUCGGUCAUCAGAAAUGUCAGUGAACGAACAGUCUGGUAAAGGUUUGGAGAACUUGCUGCUAUUAUACAUACAUCCAGAUCGUAACAAUUCGUAAGAAAGGAUUGAUGGUAAGAAGGAUGACGGCGUGUUUUAUACAUCGGUUGAUUCUGUACAGAUCCAGCCUGUAUUCACAUUCUUCGGAGACUUAUUCAUUUAAAUCAAAAGAUUUAGAUCAAAAAGAAAGUACACAUGCUGUAACGAAUAAGAACCAGAAACUAAGAAAUUAAGAAAUUGUCAACGAGAAUUUUUUUUUUGAAAAAUGAGACGAAUUUAUAUUAAAAUUGUCUCCUCAAAAGCAAUCUCCUAUAAAGGAAAGGAGAUAUUAGUACUAAUAGCGCAAGCUUUAUUUAUCGAAUGAUUAAUCGUUUCGAAGUUAUGACUCAAAUUAUAAAUAUACAUAUUUUUUAAUUAAAAAAUAUAUUGUACGGAUACGGUAUGUCGCUUGAAAUUUCCAUCACGAGGUUUAUAUAAUAUCUCCUUUUGAAGUAAAAAUAUUUGAUAGGAAAUGGUAGACAAUUUAGUAACCAACUAAAUAGUAAACAAAUGUUUGCAAACAUCUUUAAUAAUUAUUUUUAAGAGCAAGAUAAUAGUUUUAUUGCGGUGUUAUAAAAUCCUGAAGAAUAUAUCAACAAAAACCAUGUAACUGAUUAAGGUUGUAAUUGAUGCUUGACAAAUUAUUUCUGAAAUAUGCUCAUAAUUGAACUAUAUUUUCAUAUUUUUUUAAUCAAUAGUCCAUAUAUACUUCUACGUAAGUAAACUUUAGAGUAAAGGGAUGCGUUCCGUAUCCUAAAAUUGAAAGGGUCACAUUCUUUUUUUUUCGUUUCUUUUCUUUGAAGUUAAAUAUUCUAUUCAUACUCAUUCAAUGUUCAUACUAAUUCAUUCAACUCAAAUAGCAAGUGUAAUUAUCCUGAAGUACUGCGCAAUGGGACAUUGUCCUAAGACCCACGCUUUAAUAUUCGCCGAUUUUCGAAAUCUGUUAAAAUUUACAUUUUAAGUAAAAAAUCUAAAAAAUUUUUAAUUUCUAAACAUACAUCUACAAAAGAAGAUUCGUGAAGCCAAGAAAAGAUAUUUUCUGUUAUAAAAUGAUAUGUAUAUCAUUUUACUUAUACGUGACUAAUAAUGGAUAAAAGGUUUACAGAACUCGUAUUUUUAUGUGACUGGCAUAAUAUGUUCUAUCCUAUAAAUAUGAGCUUGCCUUUUAUUCUGUAAGAUUGUUAUCACUCCAACAUUCCUUAACACGAAGAGAGAAUGAGAUUGAACUAACUAGCCUCCCCCCUUUAUUGUAGCAAAGGUAGACAAUCUAACUUGAGCAUAUAUACAUAUAAAUAUAAUUCAUAUAUGUAUGUAUAUAUGUAUUACAUAGGUACGUAAUAGAGAAAAUGAGAAAUGUGAUUUGCGAGCAUAUAGCGAAGUGAGAUAUUAAAGCUUCACUUCGAAUUAAAAAUAAAUAGAUGAAAUAUGUAUAUUAUCAAAAUUAUUCCUGUUGUAUGCGAAUAUGUUGUUUGUAUCGAUCUAACAUGCUUGAUUAUUCAUAUCAAUAUGUAUUUUGUUUCGUUUACUCGCUGAGAGAAAAAAUGUGGCACUUUUAGUCCUCUAUAAGGUCUACUACAGGUAGUGCUAUACAUAAGUACACGAUACGAUUGCAGCGCGAAUGUUCAAUAAAACUAUUGGAUGUAUGUAAGUUGCAACCUCGUUUCCUACCUAGACGCACGAUUUCACAAAAGAAUAUCUAGAACAUUUUUAUAGACUUCGAUACGAUUUAAUAGACGAAAAUUUCUUUCCUAGAAAUUCCUGUUCUUUUGACAAAUUAAUACACGAAAGUCGUAAAAGACUUUUUAGAGUUGUUGAAACUGAUCCAACUUAAAUUCGAUACAUCUAAUGAAAAUUUUGCACUUUUAACAAAUUUAGUUAUAACUAAUUGAAAGAUUCAUUUUGAUCGCGUCAUAACGCUCUCCGUUAUCAAUCCCUGUUAUUCUACGCUCUGAUUAAAGUCAAUAUCAAAUAUAAAUGGCUAAUGGGAAAAUUUUCAGUAAUCCGAUCCUAUACGUUAACUUUGAAAGAUGAUUGAAAAAAUAUGAAACGACGAUGCGAGAAUAAGAAACUCAAAGAGGAACAAUACCAAGAAGAGCAGAAAAAGGUAAAAAAUACAAUCCUGGCAACAUAUAAACAUGGCCAUACGCAUAUGAGACAUAUACGUUAUAUUCGCGAAUCAUACAGCCACGUGUGUAUUUACUUUUCAGUUUUAACGGCAAUAAAUUUGCGUGACGUACAUGUACAUAUUUUUGUACACGUAUCUAUGUACCAUAUACACUUGCAUAAGUACUACUUAUUAAGUAUUACUAAGUAUAUACCUGCACAUGUAUAUGCGUGUGCAUACUGACAUAUCAGGGUAACUGAGAUAUCUCUAUACAGUUACCCAUUACUAUUCUUAGACACACUCCAUCAUAGUUUUCCUCUGCAGCAUCAUCGCGACGAAAAAUCAUUCUCUCGUGAGGUCGUAUUGGCGAGUUACUUAGCGUCUUUACGCUCGGUGGAUAUUUCACAUUUUAACAAAGAGUUAGUUUAGUUAUACUUCCACCAUAGCCAAGCAAGUCGAGUACGAUUUGGACUUUGGAAGAAAGCG